AUGUCCUGGGGGGGAGCUAGCGCAUCUCCUCCUCCGGGGGGAGGAGGGAGAGAGAAGGCGGACUUCUGUCUCUCUCCUCAGCAGCUGCUCUUUGACGUCAAGGCAACAUCUGCCUGGACGCUUUUGCACGAGGAAUUUAUCUCUCUUCUGCAGCGCUUCUCAGAUGACCUGCGGGCGCUGCACACAAAGGGCGUCGCGCUCUCCGCGGAGCUCCAUUCGCUCUCCCCCGGCGCCCCUGGCGGCGGCGCGCAGUCUGCACUUUCAUCUCCGUUAGGGGCUGCGGGAAACGGCGCAGGACGCCAGGAGGGGCUGGCCGCGGGCCUCUCGACGCCGAUUUCGUCUUUUCUUUCUCUCUGCCUCGCGGAGGCGAACCAGGCCGACCGACUGGCUUCUCGCCUGAAGACCGAGGUCGCCACGCCUCUCGAGGCUCUGCUGGAGAAAACUCGUGACGCGGAGGCCAGCGAAGACCACUUGGACGAAGAUGCUAGCAGGCAUCCCGCCUCUCAGUCCUCGCCUUCUUCGCGACUCGCGGGAAGCCAGCGAGCGAGAAAGGGGCAAGAGGAAGCCGCGGAUCUCGCAAAGACCGCCAGCCCCGAAGCCCAGAAGGCUGCAAAAAAACUGCAACUCGCGCAGGAAGAACUGAAAAAAGCUGAGGACAGUCUGAACGAGUUGAUCAGCCUCUUUGGCUCCUCGGUCGCGCCGCGUCUUCUCCAGAAGGCCGAGGAGCGCGUGGAGCGCGCGAGGCGUCUGCAGGCGACAGCGGAGGCUGAGAAUCGCAGCGUCUGUGCUGCGGAUCCGGGUUCCAGUCGAGAGGAACCGAACCACGUCGCCGUUGUCGCGGCGAAACCGGUCGCGCGACAGAACCCGCGCAGCUGGCUCUCCGCUCUGGUGCAUGCCCCUCCGGCGGCGGGGCUUGGCGGGUACGCGAGCGCCGCAGCCGCAGGCAGCAGUCAAGCCCUCGUCUUCUCCUCUUCGCUCGCCACGGCUGCUGUGCUGGCGCUGCGGGCUUCAGCCGAGUGCUUCCUGGACUCCACGCAGCAGAGCGCACGCGGCCGCCUGCCAUUCGUUCAGCAGGCCGACGCAGGCGCUCGCGAGACCGCCGCACUCGGGCGGCUGAAGCGUGUCCCGGCGGAGGUCGCACAGCCGCUGCUUUCUGCGGAAGUCGCUGCCCAACUGCGACAGAGCGCGGCUGCGGCGGCCGGGCUUGGAGGCGAGGCUGCCAAGAACGAUGAAGGUCGCGCGACGCUGGUGAAUCUCUUGAAGCAGCGCGAGAAGGAAUUGGAGACAGAGAGGACGCAGAGACUUGCGCUUCAGAGGGAGAAGGAGGCGAUUCAGGACUCGGCGCACGAGUUACGGAUUCGAGAGGCCUCGCGGGCGAACGAAACAGACCAUCUGAAGAAGGAACUCGCGCGCCUGCGCAGCCUGUUGGAGGCACGACACGGCGAAGAAGACCAUGACGAAGAGAAGCGGCGGAAAGUGCUUGCCUCUGCGGCGGGCACGCGAGGAGGGGCGGAGGGCGGAGGCGGCGCGGCGGCGUGGAGCGGCGCCACGUGGAGCGAAUGCGAAUCGAGGCAGGGGGGGGGCGGAGGGGAGCUGCGGAGGAAGGUGACGAAUGAGAGAUCGGGCGCGGAGGGGCGCGCGAGUUCUUCUUUCGACUCGAAAGGAGACGCCCGCGCAGUCGCUUCGCAGCCAGAGGCAACGCAGCUCCCCGUAGACGAACCGACAGACUCGCGCGAUCUCUCAUCCGUGGGAGCGGAAGACGCAAGAGGCGCAAAGUCUCCACGCGAGACUCGCCCUUGCCCUCCCUCCUCCAGCCUUCCUCUGGUUCCCGACGAAAUUGAAAAAACAGAAACCCGAAAAGACCUCGACUCACGCGGCAGCCGUGGACGACUCCGCGACCCCCUCUCUCAGCCUGGCAAGGAGCGAGAGGGAGUCCGACUCGCGAUGGACAGGACGGGGGACGAGACUGGCGAGCGGCACGCCUCAGUGCACAGUGGUGACCUGGCGGGCCGCAUGGCUGCUGACGCCCGGGCCUCGGCGGAAGUCAGCUGGCUCAAGGCGCAGCUGAACUAUGAAGCCUUUCUUCUCUCUCUGCGUCGCCUUCCUCUCCCUCUCACCGCCUACCAUCUUGCCUCGCUUCCUCCUGAGCAGGGGCGGAAACACGCAGGCCUGCUGCAGCCGGUCGCGCUCGCGCCUGCCUCGCUCAGCUGGGCGCAGUCUGUGCCGGGCGAGCCGGUCUCCUCUCAUUCGCCGUCGCCGCUUCCCGCAGCGCCUGUCUCCUUGUUUUGGGAGCACCGAGACUUCCCGAACUUCCUUGUCUCGCUGAUCGAGAGCGCUGCGGCCUCCGCGCUCCCGCCUUCGCUCUACGACUUCUGCAGACUCGCGGCGGUCUCGGGACUCGGCGGCGCGGCGACCGGGGGAACAAGCAGCCCCUUUGGGGGCGGCGCGGAUCGGCGCAUCUCGCUUUUCCAGAUUCAGCAGGAGAGCGCGAAGCGGAGGCAGCGAGCCUCGAGCGCGCGAAAGAAGACCGACUUCAGCGAAGAAGACUUGCAGCUGCUCGCCUACGAACUGCUCCUUCUCUGCGCCCACCAGCAGAGCCAGUACGCGGCCUUUGCGUCGCUGGUCGCCGACGAGGCUGACCAGGACGCAGCUCCGGAAGAAGAGAGAGAGGGGCGGGGGGGGGGGGCGCGCAAGAAGCGACAGAAGAGUGGAUUCGCACUGCCGCCGCUGCCUGGCAGACGCGCUGCGGACAAGGUUCGCGUCGAGCGACCGGCGGCACCGGCUGGAGCGCGCGGAGGCUCCUCUGACGAGGCGAGGGAAAGCGCCGAGGCGUCCUCCAGCGACGACGAGAGAGCGGGCAAUUUGCAUAGUGCGCGCGAGUCCGUGCCGCGCGAAGACCGCGCCGGCAGGGAGUCGUCGUUUUCUUCCGUGGCGGGCGGAGUAAAAAGCGAAGGCAGGAGCGGCCGGCGCGCCACAGUCCGCCGGACUAUCUGCCAACUCGCUUUUCCCCACGGCCUCGCGGGGGCUCUCGCCGCGCGCCGCAAGUCGCGAGUCGCGGAGGAGAAACACGACGUCCUCGGCGCGCGCCGCGCGGGCGGCGACGAAGGCGCAGAGGAGGGACACCACGUAGCCGGCGCCGUCGGGCAUGCAAGCGCGUCACCCGCAGGACCCGACGCGCUCUCGGCGCGCGGGGCCGCCGGCGAUCCCCAGGGCGGGAACCCGAGGGCGAAGGAAGAGUCGCGUGCGAAGCUCCGGAGUCCGCGGAGAAGGCGAACGCGGUCGACGAGAGAGAGUCUCGCGCCGUUCGGCGUGCCGGUUGAUGCGUGGAUUCCGCGGACGAAGGUGUGGCGAGGCCGCGAGGGGCAUCACGCGUGUCAAGCGGGUGCAUCAGGCGCGCGACGGCGAGAGGGCGAGCGCGGAGAGCGAGGCUGCAGAGGCUUUUGCGACGGGGAGGACGACGAAGGGGAGGACGCGAGGGCCCUCGCGGCGCCAGACGAGCGAGGGAAACGCGAAAUUCUUCUCAACUGGCUCGUCCCCGAUUCGCCGCUCCUCCAGUCGAACCUGAAGCUGCUGCUCCAGCUGAUGCAGCUUGCGCGAAUCGCGUUUCAAAUUCCAAGCAGCAGCAGCAACAAGCUGCUUCGUCUCCUCGUGCCCUGUGCGGACUGCGUCUGGUCGCCCGGCGCGACGAGCAGCCUCCACCCCUUUGAUCUGCGGUUCAGAGUCAUUCGCCUCACGGAGUCGUGGCAGAUGGCCGCGGCGCCCGCGGUGUCGCACGCGACCGUCUCGGCGCGCGACCUGGAGCGUCGCGCGGCGCGGGCGCCGCCGGAGCCGGACGUCUCUUCGCUGUCGUCGCGGAAAAAGAAGAAAGAGCCUCAGUCUCGCCUGCGCUUCGCCGCGAAAAUCCACUUUGCGCCGCGUCAGACGUGGGGAGCGGCGGGCACAGGCCGGGAGGGAGCGCAGCGUUCGUUUUCCGGCGAAGCCUCGGGGGCGCCCUUCGCGCCCGACGCUGCCGCGGCGGAGACAGGAGGAGGGGACAGUCGCGGAGGCGCAGACGGUCGGGGCGCGCGCCCUCGGUCUGUGUCUCCUUCGCGGAAGAGCGACGGCGACUCCGUGGCCUCCCUUCGCACCACUAGAGAGAGGGAGAAGCGCGAGAAGGACGCAAAGAGCGAGACCGGGAAGGCAGGCAUGAAGAGUGCGCUGAAGCGCUUCAACACGCAGGCGACGAAAAACAUGUUUGGAAACAUUGUGGCGCCUGCAGGGGAGGCUCUCCCGUGGAGCCCGCGCGGCUCGAGCGAGCCCAAGGGCCCCGGCGCAGGAAGAGACAAGCCGCGCCGCGGCGCCCCGGCGCCUCACGAGCUGCCUCCAGUCGAGCGGAAUCUUCACCUUUUUCACGGCAGAAACGGAGAAGACGAGACUGCGGGCUACAGCGGCGCAGAGGACUCCACUUGGGAUCGGAGUCGCCCCGUGGGAGGCGCUGCGUUGGCGGCGUGUCCGCCGUCGGCGCUUGCGUUUGACCCUGUCUACAGGAGCUUUGUCAAGCGGCAAAUUCAGCUCGUCUACGUCGCGACCCUCAUGCGCUUCACGCGCUUCUUCCGCUUUUUCUUCGCCGCGGCUCUCGACCCGAGCGCCUGCGGCGCACUCUCUCCCGCGGCGACCCCCCAAGGGCGCGGCGCUCGAUCAGAGUCGCUGUCGCCUGCAGGGAGAGGACGCGACGAGGAGGGGCGAGCCGCACGCGCGAAGCGCGUGGCAGAGACGCCGCACGCUGCGCCGCUCCAUCCUGCGUCGUCGGGCGCCUUCUUCUCCUCGCUCGCGCACGGCUUGCGGCAGAAAGCCAAGCGAGGGUCGGCUCGCGCGGCCGCUUGGGGAAGAGGAGACAGAGGCGCGCAGCGCGUUUGGGGCGAAGACGGCGACUGGGAGCUCGUCGGGGAGGACGACGAGGAGGCAGAUCUCUACUCAGCGUACCGGCCGCCGCCCCUGUUUUCGUCUUUGUAUGCGCGGAGCGACGGCAAGGAUGAGCGCGCGGCGUUGCUGUACUUCAUCCUCUCGCUCCUGUGUUACACCAAGCCCCCAGAGGCGCCUUUUUGGCGCUACGGAGAGGACGGCGAAGACGAAGGCGAGCGCGGAGAGGGCGGAGAAGCGUUGAGCACUCCGCCUGCGCGCUUGCUUUUUGACCUUGACGACGUCUCCGCGGCGAUCUCCUCAGCGGCGUCGCUGGAUCUUUUGCCGCUUCGACAGCUUACGGCGUUUUACCACAUCUUUCUGUAUCUACUCGAACUGGAUCGCCUCGUGAGUCACCCGCCGUCGGCGGCCUUUUCGUCUUCGCGCUCGGGAUUCCCGCCCUGCGGCGCGUGGGGCGACCCCUCUGUGGAGGCGGAGCUUCUGGAAGUCGACGUCCAGGUGUUGAGUGAGAAGCGCCGCGCGGGGGAGGCUGCGGCAAGAGACGAACGCCGACACGCCUCUGGCCUCUUUCAAGAGGACGAAGACGACACCGUGUGGGAGCUGCAGUGCACACGCAGGGCGCGGAACGGGCAGGAGAUGCUGCAGAGACUGCUGUUCAUGAUGACUGCAUGCGCCGACUUGGACGCAGCCUGCCGCAUCGCGCUCGCCCGACGAUGCAUGGCGCAAGAGAGCAGGGCCUGCGACCGCGAGACCCCGGAGCUUGCGCUGGAGGGAAUCGAGCCACACCUGGGCCCCCUCGAGAGAGGACGGGAAGGGAAGUCGCCGACCGACAGAAAAGAAGCACGACCAAACGAAGAAAGGAAAAGGUUUUUUCUUCGGCCUCCGCCACGUAGGCCUGGUCCAGGCGGAGACGUCAGCGACGGCACCAGUGCAGAGUUCGUCUCCGACUCCGACGUGAGUGGGGUCUUCCACUCCGACUGCGACGCGGGCCCGUUGGGCUCCAUGGGGCCGAGCGGGUGCGACAAGGCCCGCCAACGGACCGCCUCGCGUCUCUUCCGGCGCUCGCGGAGUACGCGGUUGUUCUCAAUGGGCGGCGGCGGGCUGCUCUCUGCACUGGGCGGCGCCUCGGACUGCGAGAGGGGCGGGGGCGGAGAGGAGACAGAGGGCACGACCCCGGAGCCUCCGACCGUGCGCUCCGUCCGCGGCGCGCGGUCGCGGUCGCGGCGCAGGCUGGAGGGGCGGUCCCUGGGCCCUGGGCGGGCUGCAGACGGCGAGGAGAAAGGCGCCGGGGACAAGGGAGCCGCUGGCGGCGACACGUUUACAGAUCUCCUCGGCCUGCCACGCGAGCAGCUGCUGGCCGCCUUCUGGGCGCUGGAUGUGCCUCUUCUGCUCUCGCUUCUGCUCCUUCUCUCCAAGUGCUGCCUGGACAGCCGCAGCCCUUCUGGGCUCCACAUCGACGCGCCGGUGCUCGCGCAGGGACUCGUGCUAGUCUCGCAGGCCGCGCAGCUGGGGGUCGACCCCACAGCCAUCUCCAGCCGCGAGGACGAGUGGAGACGGGUCCGAGGCGGCGCUCCGGGAGCGGUCCCGGCGACAGCCAGCGCCGGCGCGGAGGGCGCAGGACGGUUCGGACCCGGAGGAGAAGACGGCGAGGUGAGUGGCGGCGUCGACCGUUCCACGCUCUUCAGAUUGAAGCAUGCCUCGCGAGCGGGGUCCGGCUUGCUUCCGCUUUCGCUGCAGUCCCCUGCGCUUCUUCUCGCCACGUGUCUCUGGCGCCAAACGGCGGGCUCGAGCCCGCUCCCUGACCUAGCAGGCCUACUUCAGCAUGCAGCAGAGCUGAGACGAGAAGCAGAGAGCUGCCUCAAAGACGAACAGAGGCAGACCCCUGGCGGGCUGCCGGCUCCCGGCGAGGGCCCAGAGAGCCACAUCUCCGGAGGUGCGCUUUCGCGCGGCGAGAAGUCUCAGACCGCGUUCGCGUCCUCGCCUGAGAUCGCUGGCAAGGGCGAGCGGGCUGCAGAGGGCGCUCUGUCUCCUGAGAGCGGCGCGGAGGCGCUGCAGGCCAAAGCGGUCCCCGCGCCUUUGGGGCGCGUCGGGUCCCUGGGCCUGCCUGAGAUCCGACAAGCGGAGCUGCUCGGCGAACUUCAUGUCGUGUCUACGCUCCUGCAAAAGGCAAUCAACCAGGGGGCUGGCGCCUCAGGUGAUCGCUCUAGAGAAACGAAGGCGCUCAUCAUUGGCGACAGAAAGGAGUUGGGCGCAGGCUUCGCGCCUGUGGGGCCCGAGGUCGUUGAUGCGGUUUCAGAGAUCCUCUGCGCGUUCCCCAACUUCAUCCAGAAGCCCUUUGCGGGCGCCGACGGCCAUAUCGAACCCCCAGACAUCGUGCUCGCAUCGGCGGGCGCGGCUGCGGGCUCCAGCGCCCGCUCGGGCCCGGGCGGGGGGCCGGGGAUGGAGCCCAGUGGGCCUCCCGGGGACGCGGAGGAAGGGCGAGAAGAGGCCGGCGGGGGGGGUUCGCCUGCGGCGGGAGAGGCGAAGGGUCGAAAGGAGAAAGACCCGCAGGCGCAAGGCCGCGCGUUCUCGCGGAAGAGCAUUUUCGGGGGCGCUGGCGCGCUGAGCGGGCUUCCGGGUCUCCGGGGGCUGAACGGAGACGACGACGAGUCUGGCGCAGACGCGGAUGUGCUCAGCGAGGCAGAGCGCUUCUCCUCCCAAGGCGACGGCGAGAAGCCCCCGCAAGGCCCGCAGUCGCGGAGCCGCUCGGUGUUGACGCUCGCGCGAAACAGGCGCAAGUCGGCGGCGCCCGCCGCAGCGGAUGGAGUCGCAGGCGCUGGAGCCCCCGGGGCUGGGAGGCCCUUCGUGUCGCGCGUCGUCCCCGCGGGAACUGACGCGGGCGAGGAGGAGGGCGACUGGACGCUGCACCAGCGACGGGCCUCUCGGCUGAUAGGAGAGACACCUGUCUCCUGGUUCGCGCUCGUGUACUGCGCGUGGCAGCGGCGCACGAAAGGCGACGGCCAGGUCUCUGAAGCGUGCGGCGGAAAAGAAGAGCGAGGCGGAGGCGUGGAAGAAGAGCUGCGCGGUGUGCUCUUCGUGGGAAAGGCGAGCUCGGAGCGGGCGCCGGCGGCCGGGCGAAGCGCAGAGGAGCAAGUGAGCAGAGUCUGGGCUGCCCUCGAGAACGGCGUUAUCCGCGUCGCACUAGAGAGACGAAACUUCAUUCAAGUUCUAAAGGCUGCCGGAUGGUUUGGCGGAGAUUGGUGGACUGUCGACGAGAAGCAGAUCUUUGCGCUGAGCAGAGAUCCCAGGGGCGCCGCCUGGAAGCGAGGGCUUCGGCUGUCGCCUUCGGCACCUUCGUUUUUCUUUCUGUCGCCGGCGCUGCCGUCGCGCGUGGAGCUUCAACAGGAGGAGGCGGCAACGGGGCAGCUGCUCGCGCUCUUCUUUCUUCUCCUGUUGCAUGCCCAGCUUCAAGACUACCGCCGUUUCUUCGAGCCUGUGGUGCUCCCAAGCGUGCUGCGGCUGUGGCGGCACCUUGUCCUGCUGCUCCUUCAGCAGGUGACGCAGUUUGCGGCCUCGUCGCAGACCUCCGCGUCGCUCUCGCCUUCCUCGUCAUACAGGGGGUCGCCGCGCUUCCCAGCCUCCCCAGUUACGUCGCCUCCGGGGGCACUCGUGACCUUCAUGCUGCCCUCUGGGGCCCCGCUCCGCUCCCUCGCUGCCUCCGCGGCUGCGCCGCCCGGAGCGCAGAGGACCGCCGGAGGGGCGAGUCUGGAUUUCCGCGCGUUUGCUGCCGGAAGCGCAGCGCGGGGGGGCGGCCGAGUCGCAGGCGGAGGCGAGCAUUUCUUCCUCGGCUGGCGCCACUUGGAGGAGGAAGAUCUGGAGUGCUGGAAAGCGUGGGUCAAGAGCGGCUUGGCGGCGCUGCUGCAGGGCUCGCAGGAGCGAGGCAAGUCUUUUACGGCCAGUGCGCGCACAGAGGGCACUUCUGGGCAGGCGGCGGACGAGGAAGAUCCUGACGGCGUCUCGGGACGCUCGCGCAUGCGGCAGAGCUCUCGUCGCCGCGAGCGCGAGCAGGAAGGCCGCCGCGUGCGCCUCUCGCGCGAAGCCGAUGGAGCCCAAGAGGCUCCUCUGGAUCGCGAGGAAGGCGCCGAGUUCAGCGAUGACAGAUCCGGCGGCAGAGGGCGGCAGUAUUCGAAUCGCCUCUCGCGUCUGAACCUCUUCGCGUCAUACGCGGCCUCCUCGCCCUCGCGUGCUCACCACGGCUUCUCCCCGAGCUUCUUUCUCAGCCGGAGCGCGGCGUCGUCUGGCUCGAGAGGCGGGUCGAGGGCCCCGCCUCUCGUGUUGCCGUCCGAGAGUUUCGGCGAGGACGCACAUCGUUUGCGGCUGUCGCUCGUCCUGCGGGGGCCGUCGAUCUUGGAAGACGCGAUUCGGUGCUUCGUCUACCAGUCGCUCGCGCAGGCGGCGAGCCGCGAGUUCCGCCUGGCCUUCGAGGCCCUCGAGGUCUACCGCGAGAAGCAGCGCACUGGCGAAGGAUGCUCGGAGCGCACGCGAGAGUGGAAGCGAUCGACCGACGCCGCGGUGCCCGAGGACCUCCUCCGCUGCUGCGAAGAAGAGCAAGACGCGCUGCUCGGCGCUGUGGUCGCCAGUCUCCGCGCGUUCAGCGCUCACGUCCGCGACGAGCUGCUGCUCUACGCGCCCGUCUUCGGGCCCCUGCUCCCGCUGCGAAACGAAUUCGCCUUCCUCGUCCUUUCCUCCGCGCGCCUCUUCGUCGCCGCGCUGCUCGCCGAACUCCUCCGCACCGCCGUCUGGGCGGGGGCCGGCGGCGAAGCCGAGCUGCUCCCCGCCAGGGGCGACGCGGAGCUCCUCGAGGUGCUUGGAGCCUUCGAGAAGCUGAACCGAGAGGUAACCUUGAGCCGCGUGACGGCCCUGCCGCCGCUCGCCGUUCCGCCGCUGCUGCCACCGCUCGCGCCCGCGUUCCUUUCUUCGCUCUCCGUGCGGCUGAACUCUGUGUCGACUACGCUUCUCUCGUUUCUUGAGAAGGAUACCUUCGUGCCCGUGAAUCCGCCGUUGCGUGGCUUCAGCGAAAAGGCCGCAGACUGCUGGCACGUGGUUUUUAACCUCGCGUCGGCCGUGCUCGAAAGCCCCGCCCCGAUCGACUGGGUGCUUCCACCGUUUCUCAAGUUUCUUCGCUCGUUUGUCGUCGCCUUUGCCUCCUCGUGUGCGCUGUCGCCCGCGGACGCGGAGAGCGAGCGGCCGGCGACGGCGUCUCUCUUGCCGCUCCUCGCCGUCGAGCAGCGCCAGCUGAAGAAUUUUCUCACGCUGCUCACUCCCGAAGGGCGCAAAGGUCUCAAGGUGGAUGCCUCGCUGCAGUCUGCGGCGAUGCUGGCGCUCGCGCGCAUGGGCGAGGGCGACGAGUUCGGUCGAAAGAAGAAAAAGGGACAGCUCACAUGGUCUAGUUUCGUGAGGAUGGGUCAGCGGAUGUGGGCGGAGGACGAAGAGCAGAAACGGGAGCGGCGCGAGAAGCGCAUGCAGUCAGCCGGCGGACCCGCGAACUACCUCCAGCCCCCUGCGAAAGCGCAUCUCUACGUCUCAGACGGAGGCGAGUCCUCUGCAUACGAGAGUGGCGGCGCAAGCGACCCGGAGGCGCAGGCGCGACGCAAGUCUCGGAAGAAGAGUUUUUUUCAGGUUUUCGAAACCCCCGGAAAGCGCUCCAAGAACGCAGGCGGCGCAGAGUCAGGAGCCGCUAGCUACCCGCCCCUCCCGCCGUCUGCCGGCGACCGCGCGGGCGCGUCUCCGCGCCGCCGGCUCUCUGGGGCCGGAGACGGAGUCGGAGCCCAGGGCUCCGGAGGCCGGGGCGAGGAGCCGCGGACCUCUCGCGGCCGCGAGCGCAGCAACUCGCUGCUUAAGCUCAAGCCAGAGCGGCAAACGCAAGCGAAGCGACUGGGGCCAGAUCUGGCUCUGCUGCUUCAGGGGGUUGACUUGGCGGAAAGCCUGCAGCGGCGUCAGUUCGAAGUUCUGCUCCAGGCGGAGACCGGCGCGGUCGGCGGGGAGGAGACAGAGGGCCCGAGGCGCGGAGACAGAAGGGACAGCGGCGGUCGCGAGGACGGCAAGAAGCCGAAAAAGCGAGGCGACGAAACCGGUACCCGCGAGCUUAGCGCGUCGGGCGUGGGCGUCACCGGCUCCUCCGGAGGGGACUGCGUAGGUAGCCAACGAGGAAAGGGCGUUCUGCGUUGGCUUGUCCGACUCCACAACGUCGCCAUGUUCCUUCAGCAGCUUCCGAAGCUGCAAGAGAAAGUGCGCGCAGAGCUGGAGCGGCGCACCCGCGAGCGGAACUCAAAAGACGAAGAAAUUGUUAUCAAGUUGGGCCGGCUCGGCGGCGCGCCGUCGACCAAGUUCUCUGAUGACGAGAGCGACGACGCGGCUCGCGGCGCGGAGUUCCCAGGCGCUGGAGACGGCGCGCCGCGAGAAAUGAAGGCGGCACGCACGCACGACCGCCUCUGCGAACUCGCGCAAGACGCAGAAAUCCUCGGCCUCGAAGAAGUGCUCGAGAAAAGCAUCGGCGAAGUGCGAGAGCUCCUCCACAGCACCGCCCUCAAAGUCUGCGAAACUGCAGCGGCUUACAUCGUGUACUACGAGCUGCAGCACGACAUCUUCGAUCAGCUCUACGCCGGCGACGACUUUUCGACCUACACCCUCGAGCGCGUUGUUGCCGCCUUCCCCAGAACCGUUGAGCACUUCUUCGUCGCGGCUCCGGAGGACUACCAAGACGACGCUGCGGCGGCCUUCAUGCGGUGUCUCAUACAGGCCUGGUGUCUGGUUGUCACGGAGCUCGGGUACAGCGGGCACAUUUUUUCUAGCGAGGACGUGGACACGCUCGAGUCUGACCUCGAGGCUGUGCGGCACUACAUGACUGAGAACGAGAUCUCCCCGAUCUUCCAAAUCGCGUCGGCUGCCGGCGAGAACCUGUCGCUUGACAUGUUGGAGCAAGGCAACGACUUUUUCGUGAUGCUCGCGCGCGACGGCGCCUGCCUGGCCGCAGUCGAGCUUCAGGACCAGCGGGAGGCAGGGAAGGCCGCAGCGGCUGACAGAGACGGCGCGGGAGCUCGAGAGAGAUCGAGGAGUUUCUUCCGCGGUCGGAGCUCUCGACGAUGGAGCAGCUUGUCGCCGCGCGCCGAUCCCGCGGACGAGGGAAAGAGUCGGCGCGCGUCUCCGUCGCCGUUUUUCUUAACCUCCCGCGGGCGAAAGGACGCGGAAAAGCGAGAGGCCUCGACGGGCACGGAGCCCGGAGAUCGCGAGCGGCGCGGCCACGAGGAGCUGUUUGUCCGCGCAGGGGGUCGCGAAGAGGAGGACAACCGCAGGCAAGAGGCGAAGAAAAAGAAGAAAGGCCCCAUCGGCUCGGUGGGUAGGUGGGUGAAGAAAAACAUCAUCGGAACGAGCAGCAGCGCCGCGGCCGAAGGUGCAGCGCACAGCGCGAAGGAAGAGAGCUUCCAAGCCCGCCGGUCCUUCUCUGACCUCACAAUCGACUAG